CCGAAGUGGAGCUCCUCCAGGGCGGCACGGUGGUCCGCUACAAUGAGAAGAUGCUGGCCCAACAGGACAUUUACGCGGAACGCCCUCCCUUUGGGGUCAAGAAUCUGAAAACUGGGAGUAUUACCACGCCAUUGAUUGAGAACGAGAUCAGGUUCCACACGGUGAACAGUAAGCAGCUGUCUAUCUGGCCCCCAAUUACAGAGAACGCAUCCCCAUUGCCCAAGGAAGCGGCUUCUUCGAAAUGGAGCUCUCCGAGUCCGGUAUCGUGAAUGUGGUGCACGACGAGAAGGCUGGCAAAUUAUUGUUGACGCCGCUUCGUCUGGGCCAGAGACUGGCAAGGAUGAAGUAGUAUCGCAGGACACCAUCGAGGUCCGUGUUGCUGCCUUGAAGGCUUUGCAAAUCCGCACACCGCUCGUCCGCAUUCGCAGUGGCGCCGUCAUGCCCGCCACCCUAUGGGGCCAGCCGGACUUCUCGCCCAUGGUGCUGGGUACGCUGGAGGACUUGAGGACCACCUGGACAGUCAGUCAGCCGGAUGUUGUGGAGAUCUUCAAUGUGUUUACCGCAGCGGGAAUUGAGUACCAGAGUGGCGACCUAAUCUCGGUUCGGGUGCUGGCAUUGAAUCCCGGCAAGGUCACAAUCAUAGCGUCUGUGAGUCUGGCAGAUGGCACCAAGCUGCCCGCCACCAGCAUGGAGCUAAUUGUUUUCGAAACACAGGAGCUGCUCGGAGCCAAGCCCAUCAAAAUGGACUCGAUUCUGGCGGCGCCCCGCAGCACGCUUCAGCUAAAGUCCAGCAUGGACGAUGCGGUCUAUAAGCUGGAUGAGCAGAGCGGCGGCAUUGUUAGCGUGACGCCAGAUGGCAUUGUCCACACAAAGGACACCGACGGCCGGGAUCUGAUAAUUGCCAAAACCGUGGACCAAAAUCUGCCCAUCGGCAUUGAGGUGAAGAACGUGCAGUACAUCCUGGUGUCCCUGUUGCCCCACAUGAAAUGCAAGAAGCUCGAGCACAAAAUCCCGCGUGGCAUGAACUUUCUGUUCGAAGUGUCGCUGCACGACAAUCUAGGCAACGAGUUCUCGCACAACGUCGAGGACGCCAAUGGGCUGCGCUACGAUCUGGCCACCAAGGAUGCGGUCGAUGCUCAGAUCGACAAUAAUCUGACAAUUGCGGAGCUGCUGCAAUGGGAGACAAACAACAUGAUUUCCAUCAGUUUAAAGGACACGACGGGCGUUAAGCAUGCUGAGGACUAUAUCAAGCUGUCCGUGGUUGAGUCGAAGAACAUCUACCCCAGCUAGACCAUUUUCUCUGUGGGCGACAUCAUUUGCUUCGAUUCACCGCUAACGUUGUCAUCGAUUUGGAGCAGCUCCAAUGAGCAGAUUGUGACGAUUAAUAAGCACACAGAUUGUGUUUGCCAAACGACGUACAAAUUCAGCGGCUCCGCUGUUCAGCUGCUGUUCCUAGAAUCGCAGGAACCUGAUCGCUGACAAUGUGUUU